ACUAUUGAGUAUGAAAUUGCCUUUGAGUCCCUCCCCCAUAGCCCUUCUUAUCCCUUCCCUUUCAGCCCGCAUACACUCACCCUCGAGCCACAAAGAAUCUAGGGCAUAUCUCUUUGUUUGUCUCUCUGGUUCAUUUUCUCAACCCUGGAGGCUUCAUCAUGAUAGGAUGUAAAUGUGUGCUCGGCUUGAAGAAGAAAUCUCCCGAAGCCAAAGAAGUGAGGAAGGCUUCCAAGUAUCCUGACAGACCUAAGAGGCCUGCAAGUGCUUUCUAUGUAAGGCGAGGACGGAAGGCUUGCAAGGAUCCUAACAAACCCAAGAGGCCUGCAUGUGCUUUCUUAAUUUUCAUGAAGGAGUUUAGGAAGCAGCUCAAGAAGGAGAAUUCAAAAACUAAAUCUGUGGCCGCUGCCAGUAUAGCUGGUGGAGGCAAGUGGAAACAGUUGUCUGAUGCUGAAAAAGCUCCGUAUGUGGCAGAGGCAAAGAGAAGGAUGGAGGAAUAUUUCAAGAAGAGGGAUGCUUAUUAUAACAAGGGAGUAGCUGCUGGAUGUUCCAAAGAAAAGGAAUCUGCCAAGUCAAUGUCCGAGGUUGAUGAGGAAGAGGAGGAUGAUGAUUGAACAAGUUUUUAAUGGAUGAGGAAAUUGGGGAGGAAGCUUGAGUAGUAUCUUCUAUACAUGGCUUCUUUUAACAGUAUAACACUUGCAAUUUUUCUGCUUUUAUUUUGGGGGUUAAAGUUGCAUUUAGAGCAGCUGUUUGUACAGCUCAAUAGUUCAUUUACAUUAUACUCUGAUGCUUCUUAAUCCUAAUUCAGCUAGGUGUUAGUCCUUCCUGGCUAGUAUAUGGAUUUCCAUCUAAUUCAUCUCUUGCUAAUUGUCUAGUUUGCUGGUAAGAUAUCUUUGUUGUUGAUAUAUGCUCCCUAUUGAAGUUGGGAUAGCUUUCUGUUCCACCCUUUUCGAAGGGAGUUUUGGGACCCAAAAAAGAAAUGUCAUCCUUAAUUUGCCUAAAGGAAUUCAAAUGACUGUUUCAACUAGUUAUGUAUUAACAUGCAAUUGAUUGUCUACAUAGAUGCAUGAGUAUUUCCUGGUUGCAUUAUGGCGUAGCCUUUGUAUGGAAGCUUAGUAGCUUCUUGUUUCUGUUACUACUAACCAAAGAUGCAGAGACUUAGUGUGAAAGUUUGGACUGGAUUCUUUUUCUCCUGCCUCUUGAAAAUAAGGGGGAAUUUUUUAUUUUUUUUUUCCGAUUAUUGAUUGAAUGUUUCUUCUUUGACAUUCUUUGAAUCUAUAUAGAGUUGGUGUUAGCAAUCUACUUUAAUAUCUUAGUUAUUCAACUAUU